GUCCAUUCAUAUAGCGUAGCCUUUUUUUUUUUUUUUGCAAACGUGUUCUCAAAAUCAAAUAGAGCCUGAGUUAUUCACGGGAUUUUUAUGUCUCCGCAAACACCUUACAUUUUAUGAUUGCUGAAGGCCGGUGACUUGGAAAAUGCAUCCAGCGUGAUCACCUGACUCUUCCUGAUCCUCGCGUUUCCUCAGUUGGCAGCUGCAGCAGUGGGUCUGGGGACCACCUCCUGAUCAGCACCGUAACCAUGGAGAACUGCGCACGGGGCUGCGCCCCAGGUGUGCGCUUCUGCCAGAAGGUAAACCGGCUGAAGACCCUGGAUGAUGACGUCAUGGCAACGUCACUGAAGCGAUGCCUGUCCACAGUGGACCUGGCACUGCUUGGAGUGGGUGGCAUGGUGGGCUCAGGACUCUACGUCCUGACCGGCACCGUUGCCAAGGACACGGCCGGCCCUGCUGUGGUGCUCUCCUUCUUCAUCGCGGGCAUCGCUUCGCUCAUGGCCGCCCUCUGCUAUGCAGAAUUUGGGGCCCGCGUUCCCAAGACGGGCUCGGCCUACAUGUUCACUUACUUGUCCAUGGGGGAGAUCUGGGCCUUCCUCAUUGGCUGGAAUGUGAUCCUGGAGUACAUGAUAGGCGGCGCCGCCGUUGCCCGAGCGUGGAGCGGCUACCUGGACUCCAUCUUCAACCACGCCAUCCAGAACUUUACGGAGACCCAUGUCAUGCGCUGGGAGGUGCCGUUCAUCGCCCACUACCCGGACAUGCUGGCCGCCGGCAUCCUGCUGGUGGCCACCUUCUUCAUCUCCUUCGGGGUGCGCGUCUCCUCCUGGCUCAACCACAUCUUCUCUGUGGUGAGUAUGGGAGUCAUCAUCUUCAUCCUCAUCUUUGGAUUCGUGCUGGCCGAUCCUGUCAACUGGAGCAAGAAGGAGGGAGGCUUCGCCCCCUUUGGGGUGUCUGGGGUGCUGGCAGGCACGGCCACCUGCUUCUACGCGUUUGUGGGUUUCGAUGUAAUCGCGGCCUCGAGCGAAGAAGCCAAGAACCCCCAGAAGGCCGUGCCCAUCGCCACCGCCAUUUCUCUUGCUUUGGCAACCACUGCCUACAUCUUGGUCUCCACUGUGCUUACCCUCAUGGUGCCCUGGCACUCCCUGGACCCCAACUCCGCCCUUUCCGAUGCCUUCUUCCGCCGGGGCUACAGCUGGGCCGGCUUUAUUGUGGCCAUUGGCUCCAUCUGUGCAAUGAACACGGUGCUCCUCAGCAACCUGUUCUCCCUGCCCCGGAUAGUGUACGCCAUGGCAGAGGACGGCCUCUUCUUCUCAGUCUUCUCCAGGGUCAACCCCGUCACCAAGGUGCCUGUCAUCGCCAUCAUGGUCUUCGGGAGCUUCAUGGCCCUUCUGGCUCUCAUCUUUGACCUGGAGGCCCUGGUCCAGUUCCUUUCCAUCGGCACCCUCCUGGCCUACACCUUCGUGGCAGCCAGCAUCAUCGUGCUGCGCUUCCAGCCGGAGAAGCCCAGCUCCAAGCAGUCUUCCUCCUCCUCCACCAACCCCAACCCCGAGCCGUCCCCGACCGCCGCCGACGUCCAGACGAUGGCCCAGGAGAGCGGGGAGCUGAAGGAGUACGAGUCCUUCUCCGACAAGCUCCAGCUGGUGGAGAUGCAGAAGAAGAGCAAAGAGCGGCGGGCCCCGGGACAGCUGAAGGCCUGCUGGGAGCCCCGCCUGGGCCGGCUCCUGGGGGACUGCGAGCCGGGGGAGGUGGUGGCCUUCUCCGUGCUGGCGCUGCUGGUGAGCGCGGUGUCCCUCUGCGCCGUGCUCGUGUUCGGAAACAACCAGCUGCAGCUGCCGGUGUGGAGCCUCUCCCUGCUCAUGGUGGUGUUCGGCCUGGCCUUCCUCUCCAGCCUGUUCCUCAUCUGGGUCCAUGAGCAGCAGGCGAAAACCAAGACCUUCCAGGUGCCUCUGGUCCCCUUCGUCCCCGGAGCCAGUAUCCUGCUCAAUGUUUUCCUCAUGCUGAAGCUCAACGCACACACCUGGGUCCGCUUCUCUGUUUGGCUGGUUGCAGGUUUGCUGGUGUAUUUUGGCUAUGGGAUCUGGCACAGUAAGGAGGGCCUGAGGGAGCCCCAGCAGCAAGACAUAGCGGCGCGCUAUGUAGUGCUCCCUAGUGGCAGCUUGGUAGAGACAGUGCAGGCAGUGCAGCCGGACGCCCAGAGUGAGACCGCACCCAGGCAUACUCCAACCCCCACCCCUGAGGACCAGCAGGGCAAGAGAUGAUGCGUGCGGAGGGCCACAAUGUCAAUCAAACAUGGGACCAUUUCUACUGUUCUCCUUCUGCUCUCAUUCCUUCCCUCUUUCUCCACUCCCUCUUUCCUGCUGUAGUGUACCGUGACAGAUCGUAUGUUAUGUCAGCCAUUGAAAGCAAGUGCAUAUCAGAAUGGGACUCAGACCUCUGCUUCCCUUUUGUAAUAUAGUGCACAUAUAUAGAUAUGUAUGCGCUGUAUUAUGUAUAUGUACACUCCUUUUUCCUUUUCUGUUUUGCACUGUAUUAAGCAGUGGGCUAUUCAUAUACUUCGCAUCACAGAAUAAUACUUAAAUGCUGUUUUCUUAAUCUCCAAUUUAUCACCAGUUUCCUGAUGUUCCGUUUUGCCUUUAUACCUCUCUGGUCCCUUGCUGUGUCACUACAGAUUGUCUGACGUGAAUAUUUAAAAGGGUGAGUGAGGAAAUCCACCUCCCCUCCACAAAUCAUCGGUCAGUUACAGGCAACCAAAGAGUUCAGCUUUUUGUGUCACUCUGUUAAUUUAUUGAUUAUAAUUUAUGUAUCUGUAUGUUCAGUAAAAGCCAGAAGGGCAUAGCCAUCAUCUUUGUUUUGUUCUGGCAUGGCCCCUUCCUAUUCCGGUUGGAUCCGGUUUUCUACUGUUUCCAUCUAUUUAAAUGUACCAUUAUAGCUAUGUGAGUUCCAGUUAUAGGCCUGGAAUUAUCCAUGCAGUGAAUACGUGUGAAUGUGUCUGUCUGACUGCUGAGUGAUCUGUCUUAUUGACGACACAUUUCACAUACUCACUCACAACAAUAGUUCUCAGCUUACUGUACAGUUCUGCUGUAAGGCAUGUCUAAUGUCAACAUUCCUGUGCUCAAUUAGCAUGAAAACUGAAAUCACACAAGCUAUGACAGCGUGGGUGAGAGAUUUAUUUUCUGUAGCGUCUGAUGAGAAUCCACCAUCUCCUUCAGAUUUUUCGGUUCUUCAGAAGGUUUAAAUGCUGCACGGAACCUUCGUGCAGACUUCUGGUUUCAUUCUCCCUGAUCCUGUAGCAUGUGGGAAAAUGGCACAGCUUAGGAAUUUAUCAGGAGUGUAGUCUACUGAGUAUAAAUGACUUCAUAAACAAGUCUUUGAAGGUGCUGAAAUGCUGUCAUGCACUGAGGUUUAGCUGUUGAAAGGGAACCAGAUAUGGCAACUAAUGCAUACAAUGUAAUACGUGAAUAUUGCAUGACUGUAAUAGUAGGCCGUGUGUAUCCAGCCACAGACACCCAACCAUUUUUUCCACCUCAUAGCCAUUGUGUUCCCUUAAUCCCUUUUCUCAGACUACCACACAUGCCGUUUGUUAUUUAAUAAUUUUAACUUUAUCUUAUUAGUGUUGUCAUUUGUUAUAGUUGUAUUGAUUUGUGGCAUUUUUAUGUAUGCAUUCUGUAUUUCUUUUACAACUAUGUCGUUAGUCGUGUUUAAUGUCAUUUCAGCCUUUCUGGCUCGAAGGGAUUGUUGUAUUUCUUAUUUUAAGCUAGCAUUGUGAACUGCCACUUUAAUGUCAAUGGUUCAAUAAUUGCACACAUUUUUCAAGGACUUUUCUUAUCCUUAUAAAGGACUAGCAGUCUUUUGCCAUUGAUGUCAGGUACAUUUUUGUACCUAAUGGAGACCCCCUCCUCCCACCGCCCAAGUCCUCCCCCACCGAGCUCAUGCCUCUGAAACUCCAGUCGUUAUCACGAGACACUCGCUCUUUCCUUUUAACCUCAAGCUGGCGUCUCAGGCUCUCACCAAGUCUCCUGAACAAGGAUCUCAUGAUCUCAGCUGCCGUAAUCUGAAGGGGAGGGCUGGGGCAGGGAGGUCUUACUGUGUCAGAGAGGCAGUGCCACUCGAGUAUCUGCCUUAGAGAUUAAAUAUGGGCAUCUAAGCACAUGGAUUGUUUUCAGCUUCUAUGGUCUGUCUGUUCUUGACAGAAAAAAAAAAACAGGGCAGCUGCACAGGUUGUAUAACAAAUAACAACCGGAAGCACAAAUGCACAGGGUGCUGUGGGACGGGGUGUUACUUGGCGCAUUUUUAUAGGCGAGGGAUGCGGUGUCCCGCCAAACGAUGCCAGGCUGCCGGGAUGAGAGCUAAAUCCUCCCACGGACGCGGUAAUCUGGCAGAUUUGCAGAGCCCCCUUUGGCUGCUGUCCGCUGCUUGACCUAGAUUAGGCACACAGUCUGUGACCACUCUCACUCUCAGGCACAGGUAACACAUGCGGUCUGAUCACUCUCACUCACUAUAGGCUGGGGGAGCAUACAUCACAGCCCAACCAACGCAAUAUUCUCACAAUACCGGGCCUCGGCAUCAAACGACAACUGUUUCUGCAAAUUAUUGCAACAGCAUUUUCUCUACCUUGUUUUUUGCAGCACAUAUGUAGGGAGUAAAAUACUCUUUUGGCCUCUUCCACAUGUGCUCUCAGUAAUAUCUGUGUGUUUCACUCUGACCCUCUAAACUCCACCUUUUCCACUUUUCUUAGACCAUCUUGCAAUUGAACAGUAAUUUUGUACAGCAUCUAUGUACAGCCUAUAAAUAUAUAAGGUGACACAAGUAACCAAUGGCCUUAAUGAUAUCAUACUCAGUACUGAAGCAUUCCCAAAAGCUUGUGCGAAAUGCAAAAUUUGUAGUUUGUGAAACCUGUCAAAUCUUUUUUAAUCACUUAGUAUCCUCAGCUUUGUGAUUACUGCAGUAGUUUUAAUAUUUGUUUUUUCGAAUUAUAUGUUAUCAUUGAAUUAAGAAUAUCUAUAUCUAUAUGAAAUCAAAUUGGAUUCUAUCGAAAUCAAUAAUAUUUAUUAUGUCCAGUGAAUGGGUGGUUCUCAGGAGCAUAACAACUGCAAGGACCAAAACAUUAAAUAAGAAAGCCAUGGUGGUUUUUUCUUACAAUACACUGAAAUAAAAAGAGAAAAACCCUUUCUUUCCAAGCCUUUCUGCCAGUGUAUGUCAGCUGAGGCACCCCCACACUGUCCAUGUGCAGCUGAUAGCUGUCGAAUGAGAGCGAUGGUGACUGUUUGAAAACCCGAUGCCUCUUGUUUGUCUGUUUGUGUAACUUGGUGUCGUUGAGCACCAUAUUCUACGCUUCAGACAGGGCCAGAACGUACCUGCCUUCUCUGUGCACACCGGCAUUUACUUAUUACUCUCUGUGGCAUCUCUUUAACACACUGUUGUAUUUAGUGGCAAAUAAAUGAUAUAAAGCAGUA